AUGGCUUCUCAUCUCUUUGUGUCUCCUGAUUCUCGGAACUGGCUACUGCUGCUGCUGCUGCUGCUACUGCUGGUGGUCUUCAAGUUCCCUGGUGCUGCUUGUGAUCUGAAUGUAUCUAGCAACUCCUCUUCUUACUCUGAACCCAAGGUUCGUUUUGCUGCUGCUGCUGCUGCUGCUGCUGUUGCUACCACAGCUAGCUCUGAGCAAGAUGAGAGGCUGCCUGUUUUUUCUUUGGAUUAUGAUUAUGUGCAAAUUCCAUAUGAGGUGACCCUUUGGAUACUUCUUGCAUCUCUUGCAAAAAUAGGCUUUCAUCUUUAUCACAAGCUUCCAGGUCUUAUGCCAGAGAGCUGCCUCCUGAUCAUGGUUGGUGCUCUUGUAGGGGGUAUCAUCUUUGGCACUGAUCAUAAAUCCCCACCUGUAAUGGAUUCAAGCAUCUAUUUCCUGUACCUCCUUCCACCCAUUGUCCUCGAAGGGGGCUAUUUCAUGCCUACUCGGCCCUUUUUUGAGAACAUUGGCUCCAUCCUAUGGUGGUCAGGGAUGGGGGCCCUCUUGAAUGCCUUUGGCAUAGGACUCUCCCUCUACUUGAUAUGCCAAGUCAAGGCUUUUGGCCUCAGUGAUGUCAACUUGCUUCAGAAUCUGCUCUUUGGGAGUAUGAUCUCCGCUGUGGACCCUGUGGCAGUACUGGCUGUAUUUGAGGAGGCUCGUGUGAACGAACAGCUAUACAUGAUGAUCUUUGGAGAGGCCCUGCUCAACGAUGGGAUAAGUGUGGUGUUAUACAAUAUAUUAAUCGCCUUCACGAAGAUGCAUAAAUUUGAAGACAUAGAACCCAUUGAUAUUUUGGCUGGAUUUGCCCGCUUUAUUGUGGUAGGGGUUGGGGGAGUGUUUUUUGGCAUCAUCUUCGGCUUCAUUUCUGCCUUUAUCACACGUUUCACCCAGAACAUUUCUGCAAUUGAACCACUGAUUGUCUUCAUGUUCAGCUACCUGUCUUAUUUAGCUGCUGAAACACUCUACCUCUCUGGCAUCCUGGCGAUCACAGCCUGUGCCGUGACAAUGAAAAAGUAUGUGGAAGAAAAUGUGUCACAGACAUCCUAUACCACCAUCAAGUAUUUCAUGAAGAUGCUGAGCAGUGUCAGUGAAACCCUGAUCUUCAUCUUCAUGGGAGUGUCGACAGUGGGAAAAGAUCACGAAUGGAACUGGGCCUUCGUCUGCUUCACCCUGAUCUUCUGCCAAGUUUGGCGAGCGAUAAGUGUAUUUGCCCUUUUCUACGUCAGUAACCAAUUUCGGACUUUUCCCUUCACCAUCAAGGACCAAUGCAUUAUCUUCUACAGUGGACUUAGAGGAGCUGGGAGUUUUUCACUUGCAUUUUUGCUGCCCUUGUCUCUUUUUCCUAGGAAGAAAAUGUUUGUGACAGCUACUCUGGUUAUAAUAUAUUUUACUGUAUUCAUUCAGGGAAUCACCAUUGGCCCUUUGGUCAGAUACCUAGAUGUCAAAAAAACCAACAAAAAGGAAUCCAUCAAUGAAGAGCUUCAUACCCGUCUGAUGGACCAUUUGAAGGCUGGAAUUGAAGACGUGUGUGGACAGUGGAGCCACUACCAAGUGAGAGACAAGUUCAAGAAGUUUGACCAUAAAUACUUACGGAAAAUCUUGAUCAGAGAGAACCAGCCCAAAUCGAGCAUUGUUUCAUUGUAUAAGAAGCUGGAAAUGAAACAGGCUAUUGAGAUGGUGGAGACUGGGAUUCUAAGUACCACAGCCUUUAUGAUUCCCCUUCAGGCACAGAGAAUUCAAGGAACCAAAAGGCUUUCCCCUGAGGAUGUGGAAUCCAUGCGGGACAUUCUGACACACAACAUGUACCAAGUUCGACAAAGGACUCUAUCCUACAAUAAGUAUAACCUACGGACAGAAACAAGUGAGAAACAAGCAAAGGAAAUUCUAAUCCGUCGCCAACAUACCUUCAGGGAGAGUCUGAGGAAAGGCAAUAGCCUGCCCUGGGGAAAACCGAGUGGCAUGAAAAAUAUCCGCUACCUCUCCUUUCCUUAUAGCAAUCCUCAUUCAGCAAACAGAGAAACAGGGGCUGGUGUUUUUACAGAUGAUGACAGUGGUGAUUCAGUCUUCUCCUCCGUUACAUUUAAGCCACAUACUCGAACAGGGUCACUUCAAGAAAGAAGACAGCAUUCAGAAAUGAUUCCAAUGGAGAGGAUGCGUAGAGGAGGGAGAUCUUUAAACUUGGGUGGUCAAAGAAGAGCUUCCCGAGGAGACCAAAUAAGCAGAGUAAGACCGCCUUUAAUACCCAAGCCUCGAUUUCAUGCAGUGGAUGAGGAGUAUGAGUCGGGAGAAGAAGAAGAGGAAGGGGCAAGAGUAGUGGGGCCUAGAUGGACAGCAGAACCCAGAAAUGGAAAAGAAUACCACAAAUCCCAUAGUCCUCUGCUCCCAAGAAAAUAA